AUGCAGGUUAACCAUCUAUUAAGGCAAGCUGUCAAACAGACCACUAGAGCGGGACGGCUAGGUUCGAGGAAACCUCACAAACCGCUCUUGCCUCCGUUACAAUUGUACCGUAGAAUCCUCAGAGAACACAGAAACUUACCAACGAUGCAGAGAGAGUUGGGAGAUCAAUAUGUCAAGAAUGAAUUCAAGUUGCAUAAGAGUACUGACAAUCCCUUAUACAUUGUUGGAUUCUUAGCCUCAUGGCAGGAUUAUCUGCAUAUGAUUACAAGAGGUGAAUGGGAAGAAGGAACUUUAUCCACUGACCUGCUUGAAAAGAUGUCACCAGAACAAGUUACCCAGUUGUACGAAUUGAUGAAAGAAGCUGAACAGCUGAAAUCAGGUGGUGAAUGA